CAGCGUCAGACGUCCGUGAUCUGCGCGGCGAGUGGUAUAUAAACGCCCCGUGUGGCUGGCAUCCACUCAAAGUGUUUCUUGAAACUGACCGCAGCAGGACGCGAAACGAAACUCGAGAACAUUCCCAAAUCGCCAUUUCAUAAACGAAUACAAAGAUACAAACGUAUCUGUGCGAUACUCAGAACAGAACCAAGUGCCAGAACCAAACGACGGUCUUCAAUCUCCUAAACCAAACUACUGCAGCUACUUCGACAUAAGCCAGAGAAUGAAGUGUCAACUGCUUUUCGUGGCCACCGUAUGCCUGGUCACUGUAUGGGCGCUCCCGGUGCCCGAUGAGGAGGUGGCUAUUCAGCCGGAUGCCGGAUCCAAGGCUGAGCUAUUGGGCAAGACUGUCCAGACCAAUCCAAUUGAGCCGGCUCCCUUCAAGCCGGAGCCCUUCGCGGAGAAACCACUGGAGCCCAAAAUCGAAGCCAAAACUGUUCCCGCCGCACCCGUCGCCGCUCUCGAGCCUGCUGCCAGCAUUCCAGCAGCAGCAUCCGCAUCCGCUGAGCCAGCCAAGACAGAGCUCAAGUUGAGCGCCCCCGAUGUGGAAACUGCUCCGGCCAUACCCGAGAAGGUCAAUGCUGAUGAGGUCAAGUCUGUCGAGAAGAAGCUGCCGAUUGCCCCUGAGGAGCCCCAGACCAAGACCCAGACCCAGCCCAUUGACACACCUGUCGAGGCCGAGAAGAAGCAGGAGAAGGCCGCCCGCACCGAGGAGGAGGAGCCGAUCGAGGCUCCCAAGGCCAUUCCAUUGGUAGAGGCCCCAGCGCCAGUCGCUAAUGCCGAGGUCCAGAAGCAGCUUGUCGAUGAGGUCAAGUCCCAGGAGCCCAAGAUUGACGCCAAGUCUGCCGAAGAGCCAGCCAUUGCCGCUCCCACUGCUGCCGCCGAUGCCGAGAAGGAAGCCCUGACCCCUGAGAAGCAGCCCGCCCGCCAAGAGCGAAUCAGCGAAGUCGAGCAAAAGGACGAGAAGGCUGCUGCACCAGAGGCUGCCUCCUCGGUACCUGAAGUUCCAGCUGCUCUUCCGACCGCCGCUCCAGCAGAAGCUGCCAAGUCAGAGACCAACAUCCAGGUGAUAACUCCAGUCGUUUCACAGCCAGAAAAGAAGUCGAUUGAGGGCGGAGUAGCCCCAGGCAGCAUCACGCCCGCCGCUGCACCCGCCGCUCUGGCUGCCCAAGCCAAGUCAGCCCCAGCCGAGCCCCAGCAGGCCAGCAAGCCCGAAGAACAGGUCUUGAAGAACAUCCCCGAGGUGGUGGCUGCCGAGCCCGCCAAGGAGCAACAGGGCCAGACAGCUCCCGUGGCUUCCGAUACCAUUGCCAAGACCCUGCCAGAGGAGACCGUGUCAGAGGUAGCUGCAGCUCCAGUUGCCGAGGCCAAGAAGAUUGAUGAAGCACCAGUUGCUCAGCCCAUUGCUGCAGCCCCAGCCCCAGCCCCAGCUCCAGCAGCACCUCUUGCCACUGUCGCCGAGCCAAAGAAGUCGUCGGAGGAGAAGUCCGAGUCAAAGAAUGAGGAGUCUUCGGAGUCCAAGGAGUCGGAUGAGAGCAGCGAAUCCAAGGAGAACGUUUCCAACUAGAGAUAGAACGAGAGAGCGAGAGAGAGAGAGAGAGAGAGAGAGAGAGAGAGAGAGCUUUACACCCUUAAACCUUUAAACCGCAGCGUACCCGAACGGCAAUCUUCAGCCCCCCGUACACCUCUAGACCCCAAUUCCCAGACCCCCGAGCACCACUGUCACCACUGUCAGCCAGCGCCUUAAUAUUACGAUCGUAGUUAGUGGUAUUCUUAGUUGUAAACGAUAGUGUCGAGAGUGGAGUGGAGAGGAGAGCAAAAGCAGAACAAACAAAAAUCCAUAAAUACGAAGAUCCAGAUAAUCCACAGUCCAUCAAAGCGAAGAUCGGGAUUGAAUCCCCGCAGCGGAACACGCACACACAAUAGAAUGGAAUGCAAGGGAUGCAAGGAACAUACAAAUAGCAAUAACAAUAACAAUAACAAAACAAACAAACAGGACAAACCGCUAAGAUGGCAUAAAGUUAUACUUAUAAAUUAAAUUUAAUUAAUGUAAUUUUAAUUAAAUUUUAGUCAUUGCAAGACAACAACACACCCACACCCACACCCACAUCUACAUCCCACCCUAGAUCCUGUAUCCCCCCCUAACACAACACUAUCAACUAUGUAUCUUUCUCUACGAGUAGGUUCCUCCCCUGUAUACGAUGAUGAUCCCAUUCAGCAGCAGCAGCAGCAGCAACGAAAGGCGGCAGACAGGCAUCGGAUAUCGGAUGUAUGGUAUAAUAUUAAUAAUUACUAAUUAAUAAUAUUAUAAAUGAAAUUCAUCCUUUUUUUUGAAUUGAGUUUUAAAUUAAUGAAACUACAUUUAAUACGAUGAUAGUGGUAUAGCGUAUAUAUGAGCAGAAAUAUAUAUAUGAUUUUAUAUAGA